CGCAUGGAUGGCUUUUUUACCUGACAACUGGCAAACCGGUCGCCGGACAAUUCUUUUUUUUUUUUUCCUCAAAAAAUUAAACACUUCUAUUUUCUCUUGACUGUCUCUUUCUUCUUUUACUUAAGUAUUCCGGAUAUCUAAGACAUACUCGAAAUAAACUUCUCUAAUUUCGGUUCCCUACCUAUUAAAACUACCUGGUAGUUCACCAGUCAUCCCGAUCUCUUUCGGCUAGACUAGGUUACUUUCUAAUAUCCGCAAUUCGUGAUUGGUCACAAAUCUCCGUCGUACUCCCGCCAACGCCAACACCAACACCAACAGAUACGGGGUACGGCCCGGUGCGAAGUCCUCUGAUCUAGCUGGUGUCUCUCUGCGUCUUCGGCGUAUUAUUCUGCGGUGUUCCACGGCGCUUCCAGUGCGGAGAAGAGCUGAAGCUGCAUAUCUCGUUUAUUCUUUAGCCAAACGGAGCCAGUUCAAGUCAAUUCUUCCGUUCGCUCGUUUAUUCGUUCGUUUCUUUUCCUUUCUCAAUUCCGUUACCAGACUACCAGACACACUAUCUAUUGUCUGCCUCGGAUUCGGACACCCGAACCCUCGAACCCUCGAACGUCUAAUCAAACUAGUGGUUAGCAUUUCCCAUGAACAUUCAAUCUUCGGUCCGAGAUGGCUGAGGAAACGCCGCCGGGCGACAAUGGGAGCCCCGGAGGCAAACUAUUUAACACUGCCAUUUCCGAUUUCGCCUCUAAUUAUGUCAAGACCGAAUUGCAUCAAUUGACUCGCGAGCGAGAUGAUGCCUUGGCGCGAAGCCAUGUUCCUAAGCUACGAGCACUCCUUAGAGAGGUGGAUAAGGAACGUCAGGCCUUUAUCCAAGAUAAGGAGAAGCUGAUCCGAGAUUUGCGCAAGAAGCUGGAGCUGCUCGAAGUCGACCCUGAUACUAUUGAAACCACAAUCACCGAACUCGCAGCGGUGACCCCCAAGUACCUGAGUAUCAUUCCAAGCGCUUCGACCCUGACUGUACGUCCCCCGACACCUUUCUUGUCGCCCGUUCGCGACGACUAUUUCAGCACCGUCCUUGGCGCCGACACCUUAUCAGGUGCGCCUCCGUUGCCUUCACAGAUCCUCGAUAAGGGUCUCGACCAGGGAAUUGCGAAUCCUGUCAAAAGACGGGUUUCAAGCCCUACGAAUAUCCACGUAUCACCUAAUGCAGGCCCCAAUGUUGACCACCAAAUACAGGACCAGAUCCUAUCUGAGAGUUCUGCUGCUAACCAAACUCCCAAACGAGCCGCUACUGAUGGAGAUGGGAACACAAGCGCAAAGAGAAGGAGAGUAGAUAGUGGAAGGACGCUAAGCCGCACCCAGUCAGAUAUCUUCCGCAAAAUUGCGUUUCCAAAUCUAGAGACAGGGGAACGUAUUUUCCGUCAUGUGAAUCGUUCGGGCUUAUUUGUCAUUCGCUGUAACCGGUCUAAUUGUCAGACCGGAUUCUUCACAGAACCGCCUCUAGCAUAUAACAGAGCUUUAAAGCAUUUCCAAAACCACGGGGAGACAGGGCAGGAUGGAGAGGAAUUAACUAACGAGUAUAUUUUCGAAAACUUUGCCUGCGAAAUCGAGGGUACUAGCAUGGUUUCCAAGUAUUGGAUUAAGGAACAUCUUGGACCAUCGCCGCAUACCUUCGUCCCCGGAAAAUCAAGAUCAAGAACAACACCUGCUGAUUCGAACGCUACACAUAAACGACAAGAUGAAGACAACAAUUACACGUCAUCUAGUAAACCUCAUGAUCCUGUCGUGGACGAUGAGUCAGACGAGGAAGAAUUGCAAGUUGAGAAACCGCGUCGUACACCCAGAAGUGUUGCACGUCCGGACUACGCAGAGUUAGUUGCGAACAAAGACCCUUGGAAUCUCUCCGAUGCCGAUAGCGAGGUGUGUUACACUCUUAAGGUUUGAAUUGGGAUUUUCCACAGCUAACAUGCGAACCAAAAGGCUGUCCCUCGUUCUACGAAAGGUUCGCGAGCACGUGCCAAUGGCCCACGCAAGUCAUCGAGGUCUAGUGGUAGCAUAUCACGAGGCACAUCAAAUACAUCAACCCCUGGUCCGUCAACAGCAAGAGCGAAGACAACGGAACCGAG